UGAGCUGGCCCAGAGGUCUGUGAACACCACCAUUCGUGAUUGCACCGACGAGAGCUGCAUCCGCCGUAGUUGACCAUCCUUGAUCCGUACCUUUGCUUCGUAAGACCCAGCAUCCAUUCAGCAUUUCAACAUUCGUGACUGUGGACACGUCUGUCUGCGUCGUGAAUCGUUGAUGUGGAGGUACAGAUCGAGGACCGCGUAUAAGACCUCCUGAUGAUCGAUGAAGAGAUUCUGGAUGUCCGAGCCCGCACUCAUCCGCCACUUUGUCUGACGUCCCACUGGCAGCAUUUACAUUCGUGAGCGGCCUGUUUGCAACUUUCGCAAUGACCGAAGCUCUGCACUCUCAUCGUCGAGAUGUUACGGUUUGCCGGACAAACAAGCAUGUCGUCUUAGCUGCCCAUCCUCCCGCUUCUGGCUAUCCCGCACGAUGGUCCCUCGGUCCUAUGGAUUACUACGUGGGAUUGGGCAUUCCUAUACAAGCCGUCUUCGUCUUUGAGCCAUCGCCAGACCAGCAUGACGAUCUCAUUCCUCCGGAACGCCUAAUCACAGCUAUGAGCGCCUUGCUCGACCAUCAUCCGCACUUUUCAGGCCGUCUGCGAGUGGACGAGCAGGAUCACCAGCCAUACAUCACCGCGCUCGGAUCCGGCGCAGAAUUGAUCGAAGCGCAUUGCGAUCAAGCCUUGUCUUCAUACCAAAAUCUGGGGGACUACAUCAUCACAUCGUUCCCUAAAGAUCUCUUGUCACCCUACGAGCCCACGCCAGAGUACCUCGCCAAGCAUCCCUUUUUUGCCAUCCAGCACACCCGAUUCGCCUGUGGAGGAGUUUCCCUGGCUGUCCGUGUAGCUCAUGCUGUAGUGGAUGGAGUGGGCUUCUUCAGCGUAGUCAGAGAUUUGAGGGACAUUUAUAACCAGCUCGGUCGAUCAGACGUACCACCACCUCGGCUAUCCCAUACGCCGAGCCUUGCGGGGUACAUGUCAGAUUGGGCGUGUCGAGCUUCGCCGGAAGAAGUGCGCGAUGCUCGGAAGGUUCAACCUCAGCAGUACCAGCUUGUUCAGGACAGUCUUCCUUCCGGCAGCAACGGCGUGACCUUAUCAUCAGACAAGACGGACAAAGAAGUCGAGGAUGACAAGACCCCCUCUAUUGCCGAAGCCGAUCCGGUGGUAGGCCGAGUUCUGCGCUUCUCCGCAAAGCAGCAAAGCGAAUUGAAAAGCUUGGCCAUGGACCCUUGCGCAAACGAGGGAGAGUACAUCACGACAUUUGAUGCACUGUGCGCCUACGUGCUCCAGCAGACUUAUCGGGCUCGCACGUCUCCGACACGGCUGCCAUCCUGCUCGCCGAAUAGGUGCAACUUCCUCACUCCGAGCGAUUGGCGCAAAGCGCUCAAUCUGCCAGCAAAUCAUACACCCAACACGUGCUUUGUCAACUUUUGCGAUCUGACUCCUGAGCUGGUGCUCGAUGGACCAGCGCACGCGAUCGCCAGGGCUGUCCAUCAAGUGAGCCGAAGUUUGAGCCUUGCCGAUGCGAAGAGUCAACUGCGUUGGCUCUGCGCCCAACCGGACAAGUCCAAAGCUCAAUUAGCUUUCUCGUACGGCGAUGGCAGUCUACUUCUCAGUUCCUGGCUCAAGAUGGAUUUGUACGACGCCCUCUCCCUCUCGCUCGCUCAAAAGGGACCGGAGGAGCGACGCAUCAGACCUACAGUCACCUUCACCCCUUUUACUCAGGUAUCGCUGAUUGAUGGGUUGGGCUAUUUCCUCCCUAUUCCACCUUCUUCGUCAAUGGACGGUGGGGCUAGCUCCGUAGACCUGGCACUAGCACUCAAGGACUCGGUCUGGCGAGAGAUGGACCGAGUUCCUAGCAAUUUGUACACCAUCGUAGGUUAGCCCCGCCUGCUGUCUGCUAGUCCAGGACCCCAUAUCCACACAAAAGUCGCAAAUUCGAAUUCCAAGCGCAAAUUUGGUGCUGGCGAGCUGAGCUGCUUUGAACGUUGUCUUUGUGUUCAAUCACUACCACUUCUAGGAUGCAUUGACAGC